CAGUACAAAUUGUCAAAAUUCGUUGUGUCAUGUCAUCGUAAUAUUUUUGUAGCGGUGAGCAAGCAUAAAAUUACUAAAAAAAUUGCAAAAUAAGUGCGUGAAGUUUAGAAUUACGACCGAAAAAGUGGAAUAAGCACAUCCAAAAUGAAUUGGUUCGGCGGAAGUAUGGCCGAGGCGGUCACACUUUCGAAACAGAAAAAUGCCAUUUUCGUGGUAUUUGUCGAAGGAGACAACGAUCUCUCAAAGGAGCUAGCAACGACUAUAGAUGACGGUGUGGUGAUGAAGAGACUUGCUGAUCCGACCAACUUCCUGGCAGUGAAACUCAAGAGCGGCUCGGAUAAUUACACAUUCUUUGCCCAAAUCUAUCAAUUUGUACCUGUUCCAUCACUGUUCUUCAUCGGGAGGAACGGUACCCCAUUAGAAGUUGUUUGUGCCGGGAUUGAGCCACAAAACUUGGCUACCAGAAUCGAUAGAAUCUUACAGGAACACAGGAAAGAAAGCCCAAACACUUCAGUAGAGCCAUCAACAUCAUCGAGCAAUGUAAAAGAUCAAACGGCAAACUUCUUACAGUUUGAAUCGACAGCGACUAAGGCUCAAGAAUCUGAACCGGUCCCGAGCAGUUCUGAUGUCUCAAAAUCGCCAGAAAAACCUCAAAGUCCAGAAAUAUCAAAAUCUGCUCUGUCAGAGGAAUCAGAAUCCGGCCCAGCUGCAAAGAUAGCGAAGACAGAACACAACGAAAUGACUAAGUCGGGGGUGGAGUAUGAAGUAGUUUGUGAAGGAGACGUCUGCGUCCGGCGCCCUAAGGGGGCCCAACCGGGACCCAGUGGGGCUAGCCCUGCCAGCCCUGUCGCUCAACAACCGCCAGCGGCAACAGAAAGCUCGUCCAGCACAGAAGAGAAGAUCGAAAAAGCGAAGGAGCUGAUAGAAAUAAGAAGGAGAGAGAAGGCGGAUAAAGAGAAAGAGCUGGAGAGACAGAAAGAGUUAGAACGCAGAGCGGUCGGGCAAGGAGUCGCGGAGUUGAAGCGGUGGCAAGCUGAACAGGAGAUGAAACAGAUUCAGGAAGAAAGGAAACGCGAGAGAAUGGAGAAUAAUCUGGCAAGACAGCGCAUAUUGGAUCAGAUAGCGCAGGACCGGGCCGAGAGGAGAGCCCGGGAACAACCGCCAGCUCCCUCACCCGUGACUGCGCCAGUGACAGGUCAGUACCUGGGUACCUUGGGCGACGUAGCGGGGCGAGCUCGUGUACAAUUUAAACUACCGGAUGGUUCUGCACAUACAGCCCACUUUGAUAGUGGAGAUACCCUCGCUGACCUACAGCAGUAUGUGGCCGACAACCUCCAUCUGCCGCCGUCGUCGUUCUCCCUGUGGACGGCGUUCCCGCGGCGCGAGCUGACGCAGCGCGACGCCAGCCUGCUGCAGCUGCAGCUGGCGCCGUCCGCCGCGCUGCUGGCCGCGCCGCCCGCCGCGCCCCUCGCCGCCGUGCUCGCGUUCAUCACGCAACUAUUCACAUCACUGAUCCUGAAUCCAACGUAUCAGAUAUACAACUGGUUUCACGGCCGCUUCAUCGGAGCCCCCCCGACCAUCCCACCAGAUCCCUCGAACACCCCCAACUCCCCCAAUCCCCCGGGUCUGAGACGGAGGGGCAACAUCCACAGACUAACGGGCGACAGUUCUGCGGAUGAUGAUAAUAAUACCUGGAAUGGUAACUCUACACAACAGAUGUAAUAGUCAGCGGCGGUAACCCAAUGUUACCAUAAAAGAAAAAAAGUACUGCAGUGCAGCCAACUUAUAGAAAUGAAUAUAUUCCAAAACCACACAUUGAAUAUUGCUAGAUAAUAAAAACAUCCUGAAAAUUAAAUAAUAAAAUUUUAUAUAAUCUGUGUAAUAGAUAGAUUUAAUAAACGUUGCCUUCUAUGUAAACAAUAAUAA